AUGUCCUCUGUAUCUCCAACCUCCCCUAAACCCACAACCCUUUCUAUGUCUCCAUGUUCCUCUGACUCUAACAUAUCCUCUGUAUCUCCUGCCUACCUUGACCCUGCUACCCAUUCUGUGUCUCCAAGUUCCUCUGACGCUGCCAUGUCCUCUGCAUCUCCAACCUACCUUGACCCCGCUACCCGUUCUAUGUCUCCAUGUUCCUUUGACCCGGCCAUGUCCUCUGUAUCUCCAACCUACCUUGGCCCCACAACUCUUUCUAUGUCUCCAUUUUCCUCUGACCGUGCCAUAUCCUCUGUAUCUCCAACCUCCCCUGAGCCCACAACCAUUUCUAUGUCUCCAUGUUCCUCUGACUCUGCCAUAUCCUCUGUAUCUCCAACCUACCCUGACUCCGCUACCUGUUCUAUGUCUCCAUUUUCCUCUGACCGUGCCAUGUCCUCUGUAUCUCCAACCUACCUUGAGCCCACAACCCUUUCUAUGUCUCCAUGUUCCUCUGACUCUAACAUAUCCUCUGUAUCUCCUGCCUACCUUGACCCCACAACCCGUUCUAUGUCUCCAUUUUCCUCUGACCGUGCCAUAUCCUCUGUAUCUCCAACCUCCCCUGACCCCACAACCCUUUCUAUGGCUCCAUGUUCCUCUGACUCUGCCAUGUCCUCUGUAUCUCCAACCUCCCCUGACCCCACAACCCUUUCUAUGUCUCCAUGUUCCUCUGACUCUGCCAUGUCCUCUGUAUCUCCAACCUCCCCUGACCCCACAACCCUUUCUAUGUCUCCAUGUUCCUCUGACUCUAACAUAUCCUCUGUAUCUCCUGCCUACCUUGACCCCGCUACCCGUUCUAUGUCUCCAAGUUCCUCUGACGCUGCCAUGUCCUCUGUAUCUCCAACCUACCUUGACCCCACUACCCGUUUUAUGUCUCCAUGUUCCUCUGACUCUAACAUAUCCUCUGUAUCUCCUGCCUACCUUGACCCCACUACCCGUUCUAUGUCUCCAUUUUCCUCUGACCGUGCCAUAUCCUCUGUAUCUCCAACCUCCCCUGAGCCCACAACUCUUUCUAUGUCUCCAUGUUCCUCUGACUCUAACAUAUCCUCUGUAUCUCCUGCCUACCUUGACCCUGCUACCCUUUCUAUGUCUCCAUUUUCCUCUGACGCUGCCAUGUCCUCUGUAUCUCCAACCUACCUUGACCCCGCUACCCGUUCUAUGUCUCCAUGUUCCUUUGACCCGGCCAUGUCCUCUGUAUCUCCAACCUACCUUGGCCCCACAACCCUUUCUAUGUCUCCAAGUUCCUCUGACGCUGCCAUGUCCUCUGCAUCUCCAACCUCCCCUGAGCCCACAACUCUUUCUAUGUCUCCAUGUUCCUCUGACUCUAACAUAUCCUCUGUAUCUCCUGCCUACCUUGACCCUGCUACCCUUUCUAUGUCUCCAUUUUCCUCUGACGCUGCCAUGUCCUCUGUAUCUCCUGCCUACCUUGACCCCACUACCCGUUCUUUGUCUCCAUUUUCCUCUGACCGUGCCAUAUCCUCUGUAUCUCCAACCUCCCCUGAGCCCACAACCCUUUCUAUGUCUCCAUGUUCCUCUGACUCUAACAUAUCCUCUGUAUCUCCUGCCUACCUUGACCCCACUACCCUUUCUAUGUCUCCAUGUUCCUCUGACUCUAACAUAUCCUCUGUAUCUCCUGCCUACCUUGACCCCACUACCCGUUCUAUGUCUCCAUGUUCCUCUGACUCUAACAUAUCCUCCGUAUCUCCUGCCUACCUUGACCCCACAACUCUUUCUAUGUCUCCAUGUUCCUCUGACUCUAACAUAUCCUCUGUAUCUCCUGCCUACCUUGACCCUGCUACCCUUUCUAUGUCUCCAAGUUCCUCUGACGCUGCCAUGUCCUCUGCAUCUCCAACCUACCUUGACCCCGCUACCCGUUCUAUGUCUCCAUGUUCCUUUGACCCGGCCAUGUCCUCUGUAUCUCCAACCUACCUUGGCCCCACAACUCUUUCUAUGUCUCCAUGUUCCUCUGACUCUAACAUAUCCUCCGUAUCUCCUGCCUACCUUGACCCCACAACUCUUUCUAUGUCUCCAUGUUCCUCUGACUCUAACAUAUCCUCUGUAUCUCCUGCCUACCUUGACCCCACAACUCUUUCUAUGUCUCCAAGUUCCUCUGACGCUGCCAUGUCCUCUGUAUCUCCAACCUACCUUGACCCCGCUACCCGUUCUAUGUCUCCAUGUUCCUUUGACCCGGCCAUGUCCUCUGUAUCUCCAACCUACCUUGGCCCCACAACUCUUUCUAUGUCUCCAUGUUCCUCUGACUCUAACAUAUCCUCUGUAUCUCCUGCCUACCUUGACCCCACUACCCGUUCUAUGUCUCCAUUUUCCUCUGACCGUGCCAUAUCCUCUGUAUCUCCAACCUCCCCUGAGCCCACUACCCGUUCUAUGUCUCCAUUUUCCUCUGACCGUGCCAUAUCCUCCGUAUCUCCUGCCUACCUUGACCCCACAACUCUUUCUAUGUCUCCAUGUUCCUCUGACUCUAACAUAUCCUCUGUAUCUCCUGCCUACCUUGACCCUGCUACCCUUUCUAUGUCUCCAAGUUCCUCUGACGCUGCCAUGUCCUCUGCAUCUCCAACCUACCUUGACCCCGCUACCCGUUCUAUGUCUCCAUGUUCCUUUGACCCGGCCAUGUCCUCUGUAUCUCCAACCUACCUUGGCCCCACAACUCUUUCUAUGUCUCCAUGUUCCUCUGACUCUAACAUAUCCUCCGUAUCUCCUGCCUACCUUGACCCCACAACUCUUUCUAUGUCUCCAUGUUCCUCUGACUCUAACAUAUCCUCUGUAUCUCCUGCCUACCUUGACCCUGCUACCCUUUCUAUGUCUCCAAGUUCCUCUGACGCUGCCAUGUCCUCUGUAUCUCCAACCUACCUUGACCCCGCUACCCGUUCUAUGUCUCCAUGUUCCUUUGACCCGGCCAUGUCCUCUGUAUCUCCAACCUACCUUGGCCCCACAACUCUUUCUAUGUCUCCAUGUUCCUCUGACUCUAACAUAUCCUCUGUAUCUCCUGCCUACCUUGACCCCACUACCCGUUCUAUGUCUCCAUUUUCCUCUGACCGUGCCAUAUCCUCUGUAUCUCCAACCUCCCCUGAGCCCACAACCCUUUCUAUGUCUCCAUGUUCCUCUGACUCUAACAUAUCCUCUGUAUCUCCUGCCUACCUUGACCCUGCUACCCUUUCUAUGUCUCCAAGUUCCUCUGACGCUGCCAUGUCCUCUGUAUCUCCAACCUACCUUGACCCCGCUACCCGUUCUAUGUCUCCAUGUUCCUUUGACCCGGCCAUGUCCUCUGUAUCUCCAACCUACCUUGGCCCCACAACUCUUUCUAUGUCUCCAUGUUCCUCUGACUCUAACAUAUCCUCUGUAUCUCCUGCCUACCUUGACCCCACUACCCGUUCUAUGUCUCCAUUUUCCUCUGACCGUGCCAUAUCCUCUGUAUCUCCAACCUCCCCUGAGCCCACAACCCUUUCUAUGUCUCCAAGUUCCUCUGACGCUGCCAUGUCCUCUGUAUCUCCAACCUACCUUGACCCCGCUACCCGUUCUAUGUCUCCAUGUUCCUUUGACCCGGCCAUGUCCUCUUUCCUCUGA